CGCAGCUUCCAUUUUCCUUGGAAGCGUGCUCGUCAUAUUCUCAUACAUAUUUGCACACCGGAUCAGACGGACUGCUUUGUCCCGAUGCCGCCAGCCUCUAAUAUCUAAUCCUCUAAUACACCACUCCGCCAGGUCUGCACCCGGCGAGUUCGGGCUGUGAGAUCACACCUGCCGGACGGGACACAGACCUCCAGUCAUUCACUUGUUCUGGCGCUCUGGUAGCAGACCUUUACGAUUUCCCAAUAUGCUCCAACUCACCACUCUCUUGCCACUGGCCCUCUGGGCGGCAGGCUCUGAAGCAUCCUUUGCCUCGGUGCCAGCUUCGUGGAAGAACGCCCGUCAUAUCACGAGCGACAACCAUGUUGCAGAGCGGAAUGUUGCCAUUACUGCCCCUCUGGUGCUCCGGCCAAUCACAAGCCAAAGGAACAGCAAUAUGAAGUCCUCGGAAUCAGUCGAAGACAUGGCCAACCGCCUGGCUGAGGCGCUCAUCAUCAAGUACUCCGCCUCCGCGGGUGCCAGCGACUCGCCAAACCGGGACAACAACUUCAACGUCGUGCCCGCUCAGACUCCGAACGGACAGUUUAGUGGGGGCGUGUUGCAGGACGGGUCGGAUACCACAUAUUUCAUCGAUGCCAAGCUCGGUUCCAAGCAGAAGUCGCUCUAUAUGCUGUUGGACACGGGUGCGAGUACCACGUGGGUCAUGGGUGAAGGCUGCCAGUCUGAGGCGUGUGGGAUCCACGACUCCUUCGGCCCAGAUGACUCUUCGUCGUACACAGAUACGGGAGUCGAGUUCUCCGUCAACUACGGCUCUGGCUCAGUCACUGGCCACAUGAUCAAGGACAAGAUGUCGAUCGCCAACCUGGAAGUGCCGAUGGAGUUUGGAGUCGCCAACGUGACGUCAAACGACUUCAAGCAGUUUCCCUUCGAUGGCAUCCUGGGCCUGUCUAUGAACACGAAGAGCUUUUUGACUGCGCUCAAGGAUUCGGGCCUGGUGCAGUCCAAUGUCUUUGGAGUAUCUCUUGCGAGAGCUUCCGAUGGAGUCAACGAUGGCGAGAUUGCGUUUGGUGGCCCCAAUCCGGACAAGUACACUGGCGACAUCUCAUACACCAAAGUUGGCUCGGGCGGCAGCUGGGUCAUCCCCAUGGACGAUGUCGUGGUCAAUGGCUCGCCAUCCGGUGUGAGCGGGCUCAAUGCCUACAUCGACACUGGCACGUCGUAUGGCUUCGCCCCGCCCAGCGCUAUUGAGGCCAUCUUCUCCCAGAUCCCCGGUGCUAAGCCGACGACCAGUGAGAAGGUUGUCUGGAGCAUCCCAUGUGAUGCCAAGGCUGACGUUGCAAUCAAGUUCUCCGGCCAGAGCUGGACUAUCUCUGCAAAGGACUUGGUCAUCAACUCCGGCUCAGGGAGUUGCGAGGGCAGGCUUUUCGGGCGCGAAGUCGUCAAGGGCGCCUUCCUUCUUGGAGACGUCUUUCUGAAGAAUGUCUACAGCGUCUUUGACAUGGACCAAAGCCGCAUCGGCUUUGCAGCAAAGAGCAACAAGCCCACGGCCACCACCUCAGGGGCGGAAACUCAGCCAGCAUCGACAUCGACUGCUACCUCUGCAACAUCCACAUCAGGCACGAGCCCUGCGGCUCCCACCACAACAGCAGUGACCACGACCUCAGUGUCGAGUUCAAACAUUGGGCUUGGUCUUGUGUCGUCCCCCACAUCUACCGAUGAGACACCAGCUGCAGAUGCGCUGCUCACAACCUCUACGCCGACGCCAACGCCAACGCCAGGGGCGGCAAUUCGCCUUGGCUGCGGGAGUAGGCUGGCUUCUGUCGUGGCUGUCCUGUCGUUCGUCGCCAUGAUUGUUUGAAGAUGACAAUUAUGAACGAGCCUCUGCAAGGCUCACUAACAUUUGACCA